GUUCUCAUAUUGAACACUCAACUCAAUUAGCUCUUAGUACUCUUCAAUAAUUUAAUUAUUUUCAUCGAAAGAGAAAAAAGAAAUAAAAAUCAUGGGUGUGAUAGUUGAUGAGCAAGUACUCACAUGCUCAAUUCCACCUGCUAGGUUUUUCAAAGCAUUCUUUGUUGAUUCCAACAACCUAUUCCCCAAGAUUUUGCCUACGGUGUUCAAGAGCAUCGAAUACACAGAGGGCAAUGGUGGACCUGGAUCUAUCAAGCUGCUUUCUUUCCAAGAAGGGAGUGGAGCAGAUGUGAUGAAGCAUAGGAUUGAGGAAAUGGACGAGGCAAAUCUUGUGUACAAAUUCAAGAUAAUCGAGGGUCCUAAGAUGGGAGUACUGGAUUUUGAAUCUGUGUCAAGUGUGAACAAAGUUGAAGGUGCGGCAGAUGGAGGUUGCAUCCUUAAAUCAGUCGUCACAUACAACACAAAAGGAGAUAACCAAAAUGCCAUACAAGAGACUAUCAAGAAAGCUAAGGAAGGUUUUGUUGGAUUCUUCCAAGCUACCGUCGGACAUCUACAGUCUAACCCCGAUGCAUACAACUGAAAAUUAAAUUUUUAUAAAUUAUGAUGCCUUUUUUAUAUAUUCAAAAUAUUAUGGCAAGUGUGAGCAAUUGGUUGUGUGUGUUUCUAAAUUGAUUAUGUGAGUCCGAAUAAAUUUUAUUGGCCAUCUUAUGUCCUUUCCACGUGUGUGUGAGCGAUUAAUGUCGAAGAUUUGCUAUGUUGUACUUCUACUAUACAUUUGAAAAGUUAUCAAUAAAUCAUUUUGUUUGAGCC